AUGGCAAGAUCAAGUUUCCGUCUCGCUCUGAACGACAUCCCUUUGAACUUCACAUGGAGAGCAGUGUUUUAUAAGUUGGUGAGUUCAGACGCUACCUUGCCAUCAAUCGCCCCUUCAGAGUUGGAGGUCGUCAGGGAGGACUUCGGGGAGAUGGAGUUCUGGAGCCCGCGACCACCUCCAAGGCGCAAGCGCCGUCGUCGUGGAGGGCCAGGCCGCGGAUGGGACUUGGCGGAGGGCGAGGACGACGCUGGCGACUUCGGGCCCGCGGGCGCUGGAGGCGGGGCCGGCGCAGGCGGGGCCGGCGCUGCUGAGGAGCCGCCGCCGCUCCCGCUGGAGGAGGGCAAUGUCGACGAGCACGCCGACGAGCUUCUGGGAGCCUGGCUUGCUGGGGCCGCUGCAGGGGACCCCCGCGGCGAGGAGGCCGAAGCCGGCAUGGAUGCUGAGGCAGCAGCCGAUGCGGCGUCUGGGGCGUGGGGGCUUGCUGCCGACAAGGACGCCAGAGAGGCUGAGGAGCAGGAGUGGGGCGAUGAUGCUUUAGACCAGUUGGGCUCCAACGUCAUUGAGGACGGUGACUUCGACGACCAGGAAUCCUGGAACACAGAGCUGAGUGCCGUCGCGUCGCUGUUUGGCGAUUUCGGCCCCGACAGCGAUGGCGAUGGCGAUGGAGAUGGCGGGGCGGCUGCCCCACUCACGCCCAUCGGAG